AUGAAGGAGACACCACCAGAGGAAAUACAUACUGACACAGCAAUAUAUGACGAAGAAUUUGAAAAGAAUGCUUCGUCAAACAAUAUUAUUAAGAAUUAUGAAUUCUUAUACAUCAGUACCUACUGCUCGUUUGUGCACAUUCAUGGUUGUAAUUAUCGUUGUAAUUUUGACACUAUGAUUUUCAUGUUGGAUACAUCAACACACAACUCUGAUGUGCAGAACAAAUUGUUUAUUGAUGAUAAAUAUGUCUUUACUACAAAUAUGAUUUGUUGCGGGGUUUUUUCUCGUGUGAUUAUUAUGGAUUGCAUAUAUAAGACAAAUAGGUAUUGCCCACCAUCGUUAGAGGUAGUAGGUGUCACUUCUAAUGAUUUGACAUUUUCAAUUGCUUUUGCAUACUUGGAAAAAGAACGUGAGGAAAAUUACAUAUGGGCUUUGGAGAGAUUUAAAAGUCUAAAGGAUGAUAUAAUAAUGCCUAGUGUAAUUGUAACUGUUAAAGAGCUGGCCCAUGAAGGCCACUAA